AUGCAACAAGAUGAAUUAGUAAAAUCAGUUUCAUUUUGUUCUGAUAAAAUAUCUGAUUUUGAAAAAUCUCUGGAUGAUGUUAAAGUCCUAAUGAGAAAAUUUGAGGAAUUAAAGCGUGAUAACAAUAACAUGAAAAAAGAAAUUUCUAAUCUCAAUUCAAGAGUCAAUGAACUAGAGCAGCACUCCAGAUCGAAGAACAUUGUGAUACAAGGAGUUCCUGAAAAUAACAAUGAAAACCUUAUUUCUAUCGUCGAACAAAUAUCGAACUUUCUCGGAGUCGAGGUGAAGGACAACGUCGAAUUCGCUAAUCGAGUACAGUCAAUGAAACCUGUUCCUGGAAAGCCAAAAAACAUUGUAGUUGGGUUUGCAUCAAAAAUCUUGAGAGAUCAAGUUAUAGCUCUAGCUAAACAGAAACGGAAAAAUAGCUCUAAUCCCAAAAAUGGAAUCAAAAUAAACGAAAUUAUCGAAUCUGUUUAUAUAAAUGAGCACCUGACCUCGAAUAAUCAGUCUCUUCUGAGAGAAGCAAAAGAGGCAGCCAGAACGAAAAAUUUCAAGUUUGUUUGGGUGAAAAACGGGAACAUUUUCAUGAGGAAGGACGAGAGAUCUCGUGUCAAAAUGAUAGUCCGCGUUUUUGGUGACGGAGCACCUACAGAUGUGCCUGUUACUCCAGAAACUACUACGACGGACGUCAUAGAAUGCUGCAGAGAUCCUGGAGAAGAAACAUGCGAUUUGUUCGCCGUCUGCCCGGACCAUGGAGAAAUGGGAAUGGAUGUAUGUGGGCACAACUUGAAGUACACACAUCAGGAGUCUUAUAGGCUCUUAGAAACACCCCACCCAUCUUCCAAGCUGUAA